CUCAGGGCACAGAACACCAAAAACAGUUGGUCCUCACUGCCGUCAUUUCCUUUAGUGAGCUACACAGACGCCUGAUUAAAGAAACGUCGAGGCUCUGAACCACGUUUCCGUGAGGGAUGUGUUGUUAGUUUUUGGUCGCCGUCACGUACAAGGUAACGUUAACUAAACCUGUGGCAGACUUUAUCACCCGUUAACGUGUCGAGCGUCAUCGUUGGACUUAAGUUUCCUCCAGUAACUUCCGUUGAACCAGCUCGUAUUUGUGACCCGCCAAAAGCUACAGCGUAGGAAGUGACCAUUUUGUAGGUUAGCUGUUAGUCGGUAACGUUAACAGCUCAAUCUGGGAAACGAGGAUGAGUGGCGGAUUCAACUUUGGGCAGGCCCCCACGGGCUUCACUUUCGGAGCUCAAAAGACCGCCGCCGCAGCUACGGGCACCGGCUUUGGUAUGACAGGCUCCACACCUGCACCCUCCGGAGGGGGCUUCACCUUCGGGACUCCUAUCGCGGCCAAUACCAACCCUACCGGCGGGUUUAGCUUUGGUACCCCUGCCAAGAGCACUGCAGCCGCUGGAGGUCUCUCCUUUGGGACCCCCGCCACCACAUUUGGGCUGGGUGCAGCUCCUCAAACCACCACAGCAGCAGCAGGGCUGACGUUAGGCUCCGCAACAGCGCCAGCGGCGGGGUCAGGGUUCACCCUGGGCCAGGGUUUGUCUGCGCAACCCACUGCGGCCGCUCCUGCAGGAGGGGGCUUCAGCUUUGGCGCUGCCGCUCCAGCUCAGACCCAACCAGCACCACAACCAGCGGCAGCGGCGGCGGCAGCAGCAGCAGCAGCAGCAGCAGCAGCAACAACAGCAGCAGCAGCAGCAGCAGCGACCACAUCAGGUGGCCUCUCAUUUGGAGGGUUCAGCUUUGGAGCUACCAAAGUCCAGACGACAACAGCUGCAGCCACUGCUGCUCCCACAGGGGGAGGCUUCUCCUUUGGCAGCAGCGCUCCCUCCAACCUCACCCUGGGUAUCCAGCCUCAGCCUCAGGCCCAGGCCCAGCCCCAGCCCCAGCCAGCCUCCACCGCCGCAGCCACAACAGGACAGGGUGGAGGAUUUACCUUUGGGAUUAAGCCCUCAUCAACCCCAGCUCCCCCAGCAUCAACCCAGGCAGCCCCACCUUCAGGCCCCUCACUCUUCUCUGCUCCUGUCUCUACAGCACCUGCUGCUGCUGCUGCUGCUCCUAUUGCUGCUGCCCCAGCAUCAGCCACAGGGUUUACAUUGGGUGUUGCUCCAACUUCAACAGCAACCCCCGCUGCUGCAACAAGCACAGCAGCCAGUGGUCUGUCUUUUAUGCUCAAACCUCUGGGGGCAGCCACCACUAUCUCCACCUCUGUUCCAGCCUCAACUGCAGCUGCCACGACAGGCGCUGCUACCAGCUUUUCACUGGGGCUCAAACCUGCGUCCGGCACAAGUACCACGACACUCUCUACAGCCUCCGCAAUCACUACAACCGCUGCUCCUCCAGUAAUGACCUACGCCCAGCUAGAGGGUCUCAUAAACAAGUGGAGUCUUGAGCUUGAGGAUCAAGAGAGACAUUUCCUACAGCAGGCGACUCAGGUGAACGCCUGGGACCGCAUGCUGGUGGAGAAUGGCGAGAAGAUCACAGCGCUGCAUAAAGAGAUGGAGAAGGUGAAGCUGGACCAGAGGAGGCUAAACCAGGAGCUGGAUUUCAUCCUGUCCCAACAGAAGGAGCUGGAGGACUUGCUCUGCCCGCUUGAGGAGUCCGUUAAGGAGCAGAGUGGAACCAUCUACAUGCAGAACGCCGAUGAGGAACGUGAGAGAACGUACAAGCUCGCUGAGAACGUGGAUGCUCAGCUUAAGAGGAUGUCACAGGACCUGAAGGAGAUCAUCGAGCACCUGAACACAUCCAGUGGCCCCGCAGACACCAGUGACCCACUUCAGCAGAUCUGCAAAAUUCUUAACGCCCACAUGGAUUCACUUCAGUGGGUUGAUCAGAAUUCAGUUCUUCUGCAGAGACGAGUGGAGGAAGUGUCCAAACUGUGUGACAACCAGCGCAAGGAGCAGGAGAAAACCUUUCGUUUAACAUUUGACUAAUCCGCAAUAAACAUGCUGAUAUGUAUAUUCUCCUAAUGCUAAUACUGAAAUAUUUGUUUUGGCAGUAGUCAUAAACAGGGAUGCCUUUUGAGGGGUCAAUAUUAUAUGAAUGUACAACCAAAGCAUUCAUCACUAUUCCUGUUAAAACCUGCUUUUUCUCUCAGCUGUUUGGGUUGCAUAAAAAAAUGAAUAUUUUUCAAUGCAAUAGCUUUUAUAUAGAGUUGUGAAAAUGAUCAUCUGUUUUCAUGUAAAUGCUUGUUCUAAAUAGUGUGAUUAAAUAAAUCUUUGGAUUAAU